GUUAUAUUGCUCUGAAUCUUAUUACAUCAAAUCACUAACAAAUUUAAUUUUGUUAACAAAAAUUUUUCAGUGUGCGUCUGAACCAAAAAAAAUAUUAGAGAAGAUGAAUCAUUAAACCUUUGGAACAACUUAGAGAUCUUUACACCUUUUAUCAUUUCAGCUGAAGGCUAGGCAAAAGAAAACUAGGACAACUCAAGGAUGCCUCCAAAGAAUAAGAAACAAAAAGAGGAUGUUCAAGAUGAACGGUUCCAAGCAAUCGUUUUAACUGAUUCAUUUCAAACUAGAUUCAUGCCAUUAACCUCAGUUAAACCAAGAUGUUUAUUACCAUUGGCCAAUGUACCAUUAAUUGAAUAUACUUUAGAGUUCUUAGCUAAGGCUGGAGUAAAUGAAGUUCAUUUGAUGUGUUCAGCUCAUGCUGAACAAGUCCAACAAUAUAUUGAAUCUUCCAAAUGGUCUUCUCAUGACUCACCUUUCAAUGUAUAUACUAUAAUGUCAUUAGAAUCAAGAUCUGUUGGUGAUGCUAUGAGGGAUUUAGAUAAUAGAGGAUUAAUUAGUGGUGAUUUCUUAUUAGUUUCGGGUGAUGUGGUUACCAAUAUUGAUUUUUCAAAAGUAAUGAAUUUCCAUAAAUUUAAAAAGCAACAAGAUAAAGAUCAUAUCAUCACUAUGGUUUUAACCCCUGCAUCUCCUUUACAUAGAACCAGGUCUCAUGUUGACCCAGCCACAUUCAUAUUGGAUAAAAAGACCAGUAGAUGUUUAUUUUAUCAAGGUAUACCACCAGUUGAUGGUAAAAAGGCUAGUAUCAAUGUUGAUCCUGAAUUAUUUGAAGAUGUAGAAGAUGAAAUUGCCAUUAGAAAUGAUUUAAUUGAUUGUCAUGUUGAUAUUUGUACACCACAUGUGCCUCAAAUCUUCCAAGAAAAUUUCGAUUAUCAAUAUUUAAGAAAUGAUUUCGUAAAGGGAGUCGUUACUACUGAUUUAGUUAAGAAAACCAUUUAUGCAUACAUUUCAGAUGAUAGUUCAGAAUACGCUGCCAGAGUUGAAAGUUGGGCUACUUAUGAUGCUAUUUCUCAAGAUGUAUUAGCCAGAUGGUGUUAUCCAUUAGUACCUGAUUCAAAUUUAAUUGAAGGUACUUCAUAUACUUAUGAAUCAAAACAUAUUUAUAAAGAAGAAAAAGUUGUAUUAGCUCAAUCUUGUAAAAUUGGUAGUUGUACAUCAAUUGGAGCAAAUUCAAGUGUGGGUGAAGGUUCAAUAAUUAAAAAAUCAGUUAUUGGUAGAAAUUGUAAAAUUGGUAAGAAUGUUACUAUUAGUAAUUCUUAUGUUUGGGAUGGUGCAAUAAUUGAAGAUAAUACAGAAGUAAAUCAUACUAUAGUAGCGUCCAAUGCUCAUAUUGGAUCAAGUGUUACUUUAAAUCCAGGUACCGUUAUUGGGUUUAAUGUUAAAAUCGGUAAUAAUAGACAAAUUGCUCAUAAUUCUAGAAUUCUGGAAAUCCCAAUUGAUAAUAAUGAUGGUGAUUCAUUUGGUGAUUCCUUCGAAAGUGAUGAAGAUGAUGACGAUGAAGAUGAAAAUAUGCCGAGUACUCCAACUGUGCCUCAUUUUGAAGUUCAAGAUAUUGAUUUAGUAGGUGAAGAUGGAGUGGGAUUCUUGUAUGUAUCCGAUAAGGAUUUUGAUGAUGAAUCAGAAUCAGAAGCUGGUGAUCAAUAUUCAGGUAUCAUAUAUCAAAUGAAGUCAUUGAAUGUAUCUGAUGAUUCAAUUGCAUCAAUUUCAAAUCGUAAUAAAUCAAGAAAACAUAGUCGUAAACAUUCCAAGAGUAGAAGAUUAUCUACUACAUCAAUGGUAUCUACUGAUUAUGAUGGUGAAGUAUAUUCAGAAGAAGAAGAAGAUUUCAUACAAGAAGCUACUGCUACUGUCGAUCGUUCCUUAGAAAAUAAUCAUGAUUUAGAUACUGCCAUGUUAGAAUUAAAUACUUUAAGAAUGUCGAUGAAUGCUAAUUAUCAUGAUGUUAGAGAAGCUACUACUGAAUCAUUAUUAAAACAAGUUUUGAAAUUCAUUACUACCGGUACACUUACACCUCAAUUAGCUACGAAAAAGAUAUUUGAAAGAUGGGGUCCAAUGUAUGAGAGACAAAUAUUUGAACCUGAAGAUGGUACUGAUUUACUUAAUAUUCUUGAAGAGAAAAUCGUUAAAAUUGAUAAAUCGUAUAACCAGGUGGUAUUAUGUUUUGCAAUCCAAACAUUAUAUGAUGUUGCAUUAUCAGAAGAGACUAUUCUUGGCUGGUGGAAUUCUACCAAAGAUACUGUUAAUGACAAUAUUAAAGAAGUUCGUACUUUAACUGAGAAAUUCAUUACUUGGUUAGAGACAGCUGAAGAAGAAAGUGAAGAGGAAAGUGAUGAAGAUAGCGAUUAGUUGUUCCUAUCGUUAACAUAAAUAGAUCUCUCCAUUAUAUACAUACAUACAUAUAGAACGCGUCGUUACAAAUACACGUUAAUUAAUUGGUACGAAACAGGUGAAACUUUCUUUUUUAAUUAUACAAUCAGAUGAUUUGUUUUGAUGCAAAAAUA